AUGGGUAAAUCAGUCAAUAUUGCUAUAAUUGGAUCCGGAGUGGUUGGGUCAGCUUACAUCAAUCAAUUGAAAAACUUGAAAACCAGCAUUGUCUUUAAUGUUGUUUACUUGGCCAGAUCUUCAAAAGAGGCACUUUAUAAUGAUGACUACAAGCCAAUUGAUUUAGCUACAUACAAGACAGCACCUGCCAAAUCAGUUUUGAGUUUGGAUAAAUUGGCUACCUACUUGAAAGACGCUCAUAAACCAACAAUCCUAGUCGACAACACUUCAAACGAAGCAAUUGCCAAUAGUUAUUCAACAUUUAUUAAAGAAGGAAUCUCAAUUGCAACACCAAAUAAAAAGGCAUUCUCAUCAGCUUUGAAAAUUUGGAAUGAUAUCUUCUCCAAUUCUGAGCAAGAAGGUGCUGGUUUGGUUUAUCAUGAGUCAACUGUGGGUGCUGGUUUACCAAUCAUUGGUCCUUUGAAAGACAUUGUGCUCACUGGUGAUAAAGUUGAGACUAUUGAAGGUAUAUUCUCUGGUACUUUGUCCUACAUCUUCAAUGAGUUCUCAACACCUAAGAAAUCAGAUGUACAAUUCUCUGAUAUUGUCACUAAGGCAAAGAGUUUGGGGUACACUGAACCGGAUCCAAGAGAUGAUUUGAAUGGAUUGGACGUAGCCAGAAAGGUUACCAUUCUUGCUAGAAUUGCUGGCUUUGACGUUGAGAGCCCAACAAGCUUCCCGGUUGAGAGCUUGAUCCCUAAACAAUUGGAAAGUGUUUCAAGUGCCGAUGAAUUUUUACAAAAAUUGCCACAAUAUGACGCAGACAUUCAAAAGGUUAAAGAUGAAGCAUUUGCUCAUGGUAAGGUAUUGAGAUUCGUUGGUAAAGUUGACCUCAAGAAUAAUAGAGUUUCGGUUGAGAUUGGCAAGUAUCCAUUUGACCAUCCUUUCGCAUCAUUGAAGGGAAGUGACAAUGUUGUUGCAAUCAAGACAAAUAGAUAUCCUAAUCCACUCAUCAUCCAAGGUGCAGGUGCAGGUGCCGAAGUCACUGCCCAUGGUGUCUUGGCAGACACUAUAAAAAUCGCUGAAAGAAUUGCGAAUUAG